AACGAAAAAGUAGCAACAUUUUAAAUAGUUUAGACAAAAGUUGUAAACUAUCUCUAAAUAAGAAAUUACCAUUACUUAAUUUAAUUUUCUUUAGUUACUUAUAUAGUGUAUAGAUAUGGAUUCUAAAAAUCUUUUUUCUCGAUUGAAGGAGCUUGGUCACAAUAGUAAACGGGAUGAAUUGCGGGAUUAUUGUAAGCAGAAAUAUGAACUGAUACUGAAAAACAUAUCAAACUGCAUCCUCAACAGCGAUGCGAGUGAUCUAAUAAAUUAUCUAUUUAAAGGACUUAAUGAUAAUCAUUCCGGCACAAGUAAAGUUAAGUUGAUUGAUAAAGUUUUACAAACAAUGAGAAAAGAAUCAACAUCUCUCACCCACUGUGGUGAUGUUGUUAGUAGGCUGUGUUUGGAGUUGCCAAGGCUGCCUGUUGAGCAUCUGGUGAGGUGGAGUGAUGAUAGUGUACAAUCUAUCAUUGAUGAUAGCGACAUUAAUAUGAUUUGGAGGGACGUGCUUCCAGAAUGCUUGAAUGCAAUAUCUACAUACAGCAGCGUCAAACAUUGUGGUACGGACAUGUCAGGCGCUGAAUAUAAAAUACAAUGUGUGCACACACUGUGUCAGUGUCGAUGGAAAGAAAGACAAUUGGUUCAGCUUACAGCUAUGUUUAAAGAUAUGCAGUUACCCCGAAACGAGCAUAAGCAAGUGGUGAAUAAAAUAUGCUCAUACAUAGUUGAUAUACCACCGGAAACUCUACCGCCAUUAGUUCAUCAGUUGCUUAAACUGUGCAAGGUACAUAAUAUGGAAAUUGUUCUGGCACAUCUGAGUAAUUACUUCAACUUACAUCUGUACAGCAAACUGGAACCUCCCCCGCAAGAUUCUGAGUCCACCACAAUGGACAUUGAUGAUAUCGUGCAACACAGCCACGCUGAGUUGAGCCGGUGUCUCUCAACCUGCCUGUACCACAUAUCGCAAGGCGCUGCAGACCAGGAACUGAUUCGCAGACAGAUCAAGCAGUGGCCAAAGACGCAGCUGUUGAGAACACCGUUCUUAGUAGACCUGGCGCUUGCUGUGUCUGAUAAAGGCUCCGAGUUCAGGUCGCUUUGCUUGGAUGUGAUAAGGUCUGCAAUAGAGCAGCGCACUUUGGAUGAGUUGAGGAGUAAAGAGUCGUCAUGGGUUCGGUCCGUGCUGCCGCCUGAUGUUAAUGUUGCUAGUGUGCUCAAAGUACUUACUACUGAGAGCGCAAACCAUCGUCAGCUGACUGUACUAGGUUUGAUAAACUUAGCGUUUUCUCUCCUCUCCGUUUCAAAGACGAAGGCUGUUGCGCCGACCUGCUGGUCGCACGGGAAAUUGAUACUGGUCCGGCUGUGCAAGUCUCAGCCGGAGACUGCCCAGCAUAUACUGGGACAGCUGAGUGACAAAUUGAUGGGGGAUGCCACCCAUAGACAGUUUUCAGAUUGCUUAUAUAUGCUCUGCAAGCUGACCCCAGUGUCGAUAGAGCGCUGUACUCAGCUGAGUACAAUACUAGAGAGCUGCCAACCAGCCGGUGACUACGUGCACGCCGCGCAGGUGUACGCGGCCGUGAGACCGCUCAUAUCGUUCAGUUCCAGAACCAGGGAUACGCUAGUGAUGGUGUGCCGGAAGGGGCUUUAUUCACGUGACUCCCAGCAUCGUUGCCUCUCUGUAUCCGGGUUCCUCACAGUCCUGAAACACAUGAGGCUAUCUGGUUCAUCACUGAGCAGCAGUCAAGGAGAAUGUAGUGGCCAAUACAGCGGUCACUCGUACCUCACGCAGCUCACAGUUGACUUGCACGCGACGCAGACUGGCGGGAUGAUCACAUCACGAAUAAAAAAUGAAACAAUUUGCCUGGAGGUGGUGUCCAUACUGCGGAGAUGUCUGGUGCAGGACGCUAGUGUCAAACAACUGUUAUACAGCAAAAUGUAUGACUGCUCGAAAGAGAAGCCGGCAUUACAGGAGACGUUACUCGAAUUGUUCUACGAUCACCUGAGUAAGUAUGUAUCUGAAGAUGCUGAGCCUAUUCCGUUGUUGUGGGAGAACAUUGUACAGACCAGCCUUAUUGGUGCCACUCUCAAUGAGCCAAUUGGUUAUUUGUUGUACGGCAUCGCUCAACACCUGCAGCCAUCCGAGAACGAGUCUGACGAUAUCCUCUCCAGCCAGCUCGACAACUCCACUGGUUAUCUUAAGACUAAGCUCAACUGUAUCUUGGAUAGAUUUUGCGACUGUGAGACGUUGUUGAAUAUUGAUGGGAUAGACGGCUUAUCAGACAUAACACCGGAAUCCAAAGCGAAGUGUAUCAAAGUUCAGCAGGCGUUGCAGUGCUACGAGAGUUUGAUCGCUCACAGGGUAAUGCAGUGGACCCCGCACACAGCGUUCGCUAAUUCCGUGUAUAAACUGUACAAGGCUUACACACAGCUGUUGGAUAACUCUAAGGCCUCCCCGAAAGCAGGCAAAAAAGUCAACAAAUCUUUGAACGAAACUCGCGAGACAGUGAAAUCUCAGAGAAGCCAGAAAUCACAGAAGGAGAAAGGAAAGCCUAAUAAAUUAUCAAACCUGCUGAAAGACCGGGCCGCGCCUUUCAAACCGUUGCCGUGCUUGUGGGAUAUGAGGUUUUGUUUACGGCUGAUGGAAUUAUUGUACAGUGAGGAAGUGACGUGGUCCUCGUUGGAACAACGCAACCAGAUUCGCGGCCGGAGAGACUUCCACACGUUCGCGCUGCGGUGCGUGCAGGCGGGACUCACUGACAAGUUGGAUAAAGAAGUCGUGUCGACCACCGUGUAUCGUAUGGCGGCUCUCUUGUAUACCAGAUGUGUGUGCAGGUUUCGAGAGAUGUGCGAGUUUGACGAUGCCACUGCGCUGGCCUGCGUGGAAGUUUUCAAGGCGUGUGUCACACUGUUGCUAUGCGACCAGUACGCGUUGAAAGUCGACAGUGUUUUGGCUGGAAUUACCGGCAACACGGACGCAAGUCCAUCGGCAAACAUGUCGCAGAUACUGUCCCACGUGAGCACGGCGCUCGCCGUCGUCGACACAGAAUGCGACGCGGAGCGUGACGUCACGGCUCGCAAGCACGCCGCCGCGCUCGCACAAACUGCCGCCAUCUUGCUGGAGACUCCGGUCGACGCGUGCGCUGUCUACAAUAAUACUGUGGUAAAGUUAGAAGACUACAUACGAAGCAACAAACAGGAUUGCCUGCUGUUAUUGCAGCCCUUGUUUACUGCGUACCACAGGGAGCAACGUGAAGCGGCGACCCUUGACGCAGUCCUCGACAAACUUACCACUGCGCUGGGGAGAAUCGACGAGGAAGAGUCAUCGUCUCGUGAAGAUAGCACCGACUACCCAUGGAUCGACUGCCGCACGGGCCAUGCUGUGCUGAACGCCGUGUGUCUCCAUCUCAACGUCCGCUUCAAGUGUACCGAACAUCUGCUGAACAGAGCUAAGGAUCUUGGUGUGGCGAUGGCCUUUGCAACACACAUACAUAGGCAGAGAAUCGAUAAAGAACUGAAGGAGCUGUACAAGUCCCUGAUAAUCCAGCUGUGCCAACUGACAAGCUGGACCUCGUGUGUGGCCAAACUGCGGUGUAGUGUGGGCGCGGGCAGCGAACGUGUGGUGUUAGCGUGCGUGAGACUCUACACUCUCCUCUCCACUCUACUCAAACUCUUGCUGAACGAGCCGGAUUUGAACACGUUGCGACUUGAGCGCCUUUUAAAGUUGUGCGGUAAAAAACUGUCAGCGGUGACGGACAGUCUGAUCACUUAUCUGGAGGCGUCGCAGGAGAACCAGAAGGCGAGCAGGGUGCUGCGAGACACCAAACUGAUCCCUCGGCUGGUACUGGAGGCGGAGCAGUUCAGCAAGAACGCGAUCAUACUAGGAAAUAAAGCCAAGAUCAACUUCCAACAAUACCUGUCUCUGGGCACGGCUCGGGACUUCAGAAUCAAAGCGCCGGUCAUUCAUGAAGUACUGAACGCUCAAGAACAGGCUCGAAAUGAUGUUGAGAUAGAGGAUUCCAUUACGGAAGUACAUUCGCAGGUCAGUGACAAUGAAGAACAAGAGAAUUCUCAAAGGAAGCGUAGAAGAAUAUCAUAAUAUUAUGUAUUAUUGAAAUAUUUGCAAAUAUUAUCUUUUUAUUGUUAAACGUUUGACAAGA